CGCCGGGCGGGCUCCGCCCGAGGCUCCGGGGCCCAUGGCCAAGCGGCGUGCGGCCAAGCCGCUAACGUUCCACGUGCCUUGGAAGCGGCUCCUGCUCUGCGACUUCCCCGAGGAGCCGCCGCCGCUCUGGAUCCCGCCGCCGGGGGCCUCCCAUCCCGGGCAGCCAGUCGGCGCCCCGGAGCUGCCCCGAAAGCGCAAAAUCGACGCGGGGGCUAUGACUGAGCCUUCAGCUUCGCCCAGCAAGCGCCGCGACGGCCGGGACAGCAGCGUUCCGGGCGGCGUGCAGCGUGAGGGCCGAGGCCUGGAGACGGGCGAGCCGCCGCAGCAGCUGCCUCCCGUGCGGCCCCGCGGGCCAGGGGAGGAGCCCCGGGGCGCCCGGCCCCCGAGGGGCGGUGGCGACGACGGGGCGGGGCGCACAGAGCCCCGGCGGGGAGACUGGGGGGCAGCACCGCGCCAGCUCAAUGAAGAAUUUUGGCAGUAUAACACCUUCCAGUACUGGAGGAAUCCUUUACCACCUAUUGAUCUGGCAGACAUCGAAGAUGUAGUUGAAGACAACCCGCCAGAAGCAACGCUUCAGGGCAAGGAUGAAGUGGUUGAGAUUGACAUGGAGUCCUGACAGAAGGAACUGAAGAAUAGGUUUCUCUGAAUUUGAGGAGGCACCUA